AUGUCAUCCACACCGACAACAACGACGAAGAAACGCCCGGCCUCGCCAUCACCCACCGCCGACGACGUAGAAGAUCUCAUUGCCGCGGCGGCCGCGACCGCGUCAGGAGACAGACCCGCCAGCAGAAGCGUUGAUGGGAGUGAUGACGACCGGGUCUUCAUCUCCUCGCCGAUCCAUGACCGCCAGUCCACGUUCGUGGCGCACUUUCACGCCGCGCCGGGGGUGUUUGCGAAGCCGUCCGGAACUGGCUCCGGGAGCGGGAGUGGGACGAAACCGCCAUCGCUAUCGUUGACGGCAACGGUCAAACGGCUGCAAGCACACCCGGCGUUUGCGAGCGCGAGCCACCGCAUCGUCGCGUGGCGGCGGCGGUCGAGCCAGCAGACACUCUUCACCACAACCACAACAUCUACAUCUACAUCUACAUCCAACACACCCGGCGCCACCGCGGGAGGAAGGCCCAUCUACACGACGGGCUCGGAGGACGACGGCGAAAAGUACGCGGGCAAGCGGCUCGAGCGGCUCCUGGCCGACCUGGACGUCGAGGGCGUCGUCGUCGUCGCGAGGUGGUAUGGUGGUGUGUUAUUGGGCCCCGUGAGGUUCACGCACAUCGAGGACGUGGCGCGCGAGGCUGUGCGGAAAUGGCGCGAUAGUCUUGGAGGUGGCGGUGGUGUGGGAUCGGGAUCCAAGAGGCAGAGACUUCUUCCCGAUAAUGAUGGCGUUGGUGGCGGUGGUGACGCUGGAGAUGACGAGGAGGCAGAAGCGGAAGCAGCCAUCAAGGCACGACUCGCCGACCAGCUCGCCGAGCGGGACCGCAGCAUCGUCGUCCUGCGAGGCCUGUUGGCCGACAAGACCAAAGCCACAACAACCUCGACGUCCACGUCCACGACCACGACCACGACAGAGAACGCAGGGGCACCAGCAGCACCGUCGUCACAGCCACAACAACGACAACAACAAUCUUCAACGCCCUCCUCGCCAGCCGCUCCCCAGAAAAUUGAAUACAGCGACAUGCCACUGACAAAGCUGAAGCAACUGGAAAAGGCACGGGACGCUACGAUAGCUUUUAUCUUGAGGCAGCUGGAUAAGCUCGAGGAAGAGGAGAAGAAGAGUGGCAGCAAAGCCGAAGUAGGCAAAGGAAAAAGCUAG